AUGACGGAACAUAUGCGUAUGAGUGGUUUAUACUGGGGUGUAGGAGCCAUGGCAUUACUCAAUCGAGAGGACGAGAUGAAACCCAGUGAGAUUAUUGAUUGGGUGCUACAAUGUGAACAUCCUGAUGGCGGUUUCUCUGGAAAUAUACGACAUGAUCGUCAUUUGCUCUACACUCUUCAUGCAUUACUUAUACUGGCGAUGCUAGAUGCUCUUGACCGGAUUCAAAGGGACAAAUGUGCGCUCUACGUUGCGUCACUGCAGCAGAGCGAUGGCUCAUUUGCCGGUGACGAGUGGAAGGAAAUUGAUACCAAGUUUACGUAUUGUGCACUAUCAGCACUGAGGAUUCUGGAUAAAUUGGACCUGAUUGAUGUUGAGACGGCAGUAGCUUAUAUUGACACGUGCCGGAACUUUGACGGUGGUUAUGGCAAUAUCCCAGGCUGUGAGUCGCAUGGUGGACAUAUUUUCACAGCAGUCGGUGCACUGUCCUUGGGAUUCGCUCUGGAUCAAUAUGUAGAUGAUGAAUUGCUUGGCUGGUGGCUCUGUGAGCGACAAUGUGACUCAGGUGGACUGAAUGGAAGACCCGAGAAACAAGCCGACGUAUGCUACAGCUGGUGGAACAUCUCAUCACUCAUUAUGAUCGGCAAGCUGGACUGGAUCAACAAAGAGAAGCUCAUUCAAUUUAUUCUAGCAUGUCAGGAUCCAGAGGAUGGAGGAAUUGCCGAUCGUCCAGGAAAUGUGGCAGAUGUGUUUCAUACUUUCUUUGGCAUCGCGGGACUGUGCAUGCUUGGCUACUUUGACCGUGAAAAAGAGGCUCACCCGGAAUAUGAAGGGGUUCGGCAGAUUCACCCGACCUUUGCCAUUCCCACAGAUAUUGUGGAAAAGUUGCAGCUGCCUGCGGACAUGAUCAUGCCCUGCGUGCAGGAAGACUAA